AACUUGAUGGAUCAGAAGAUAAUCUACUUUUUGGUUAUGAAAAUCUAUUGGGUUCAGUAAAUGAUGAUGAAGAAAUAGAAGAUCCUAAUGAUCAAAGUAGUAAUGAAGAAUAUUUUGAAGAAGAUAAUUAUAAAAAUAAUUGGGAUAUUAGAAAUGAUGCAAAUAAAAUCGAUAAUGAAAUUGAUAAUGAAAAUUGUAUUGAGACAUAG